UCCAAGGUACAUGACACAGACAGCCUGAAUUUGAUGAACACAGAGUACCAUCUCUUAAGAAUACAAGGAAGACAAAGAAAUUCUAACUCCAGUAGACUGAAAAAUGGACCCCAGUAAGUACUCUGCCCAGAGCAAUUCAUCAGGGAUUCCUCAGCAGGCACCACCACAAUACCAGGACCCCAAUGCUGGAUACCCUGCUCCAGGGAGCUAUCCCAUGUCUUCUGGCUAUCCAAGCCAGCCAUAUGGAGUUCCAGGUGGUCAGCCUGUGGUCACUGUACAGCCAAUGUAUGUGACUGCCACUCCACUGGCCAAUCCACUUCCAGAUUACCUGGGCUUUUCUAUCUUUACCAUGCUGUGCUGCUGUUUACCUCUGGGUAUUGCCGCUCUGGUUUUCUCCAUUUCUACUCGGAACGCUAACACAUCUGGACAGCAACAAUUAGCAGAGAAAGACUCCAAAACGGCACGCAGCCUUAACUACGCCGCUCUUGGUAUCGGCCUUGCUUUUUUGGUGGCGUAUAUCGUCAUCAUCGUUGUUAAUGUUGUCAAAGUGACUAACGGUUCGCCAUAAAUGUCUGAGAUUUCAUGGUUGGACACCAGAGAGUGUCCUCAAAUAUAGCCUCAAACAUUUUUAUUUUUAUAUAUUUGGUAUUCUGCUUUAAAAUGCUUUGUAAUCUCAUACUGAUUCAGUAUGUGUAAUCGAAUUACUCAUAUCCAAUACAUUGUAAUUCGUGCAAUUAAUUUUCUAAAGUUUUUGACAUUUUUGUAUGUUACCAAAUAAAUUUUGACUGUAUGAGUAAAUGUAUCAAAGUCAGACGUUUGUUGUUAAAUUAUAUUAUCAUUGCUCAUGAGACAUGAAUCUGCUGUCAAUUUUAUGCUUUCAUUGAGCCCUUCAAUAAAAAUAUUUCUAUU